AUGGAAUUCCAUGUGGUCUCCAAGUCCAACAAUCGGACUCACGCAACCUUUUCGGUUGAUGCAUCUAUCUAUCCAGAGCGCAAGCAGUUGGUUACGGAUUGCGUCCGUGUACAGCCUGUUGUGAUAAGCCUGACGUCUAAUAACCUGAGUUAUGCUCGCUUGGGGGAGAUGCUCCGCUGGUGGGAUGUAUAUCCAAUCCCGAAUGCGGCCCCAGAGCCAUACAGCGAUAACACACAAUGGGGAAUCGUCCCAGCGUGGGGAUUCGGGAUCGUCCUAGAGUCGAGUAUUUCGUCACUCCUACCGGGAACACUUCUUUUUGGGUUUUGGCCGACGGCUUCCGCGCCGGUGGAUUUGAUACUGCAAGCUUCUGAGCCGGAUGGCUACUGGGUUGAGGUGUCGAAGCAUCGGGAACAAGUCAUGUCAGUGUAUAACCAGUACCAAGUGAAAAGGCGUCAUGAACUUUCGAGCGACACGACAUCCUUCACUUUCCCAGAGGAACAGCUAAAUCAAAUGGCUUGGUUCUCUCUCUUUGGCGCGAUCUGGCAAACCGGCUACUUACUCAACAGACACACAUUCACGUCCGAUCCAGAAAUCUAUCCUCCAAUCGGUCCCCUGGGCAAGAAAAUCCCCUGGUCCAAAGAUAACGCGGAUCUUUCGCAAGCUGUGCUGGUCAGUUUGUCAGCAUCGAGUAAGACAGCACGAGGUUUUGCGUGGCAGGUCCUCACGAAGAGGGCUCAUGGAAGUGGGCCCCUGGCCUUUUUGCAGGUGACACAAGCCCCAGAUGCUAUUAGGGAUGUGGCAGCUAGACAUGCACAAGUUCCUUUUGGGGCGUUUGAUUACUCGCAGUUGGACGGUGCCGUUGACCUAACAGCUGAAUUCAAACCUCAAAAGAUCAUACUCGUUGACUUUGGCGCAAGAGACAAUGCCGUAAAAAACUUGAUGGGUUUUUUGAGCGCAAAGCCAGAACUGGAAGGAUUAGAGACUGUCAUUGUCCACGUCGGCGGCGAGCAAAAGGUGUACUCUCCUGGAGAAAGCCUGGCUAUGCGCAACGAACUGCAACGAUUCGGCAAAAUCCUAUGCAACACCGCAGACAUCCUCGACGAAGCCAUCGCAUCAGGCGGCAGACAAGCGUACCACAACGACCUUCGCGCAAACUGGAACGAGUGGAUCAGCGGCAAAGAAACGAAUAUUCCGGACCUGAAGCUCGUAUGGGGCCAUGGCGUCUCUGGGGGGAACGGGCUCCACGAUGGCUGGGAGAAAGUGACCAAUGGGUCUGUUGCUGUUGAUCAGAGUUUAGUCUAUCGAUUGUGGUAA